AGUAAACAGCAUCUGACGGACAAGUCUAAUUUCUCACAUUUCUUGGUCGGAAAAGCGAAAAAGGACGAAAGUAAAAACGCGUAAAAUGGCGGCCGUCGAAACGAAACCAGACCCGGUUGAGGAAACUCCGGAUAGAAUUGAGGAUAACGAGGAUGCGGCCGACGACGUAGCGGACGAAAAUGUGCCCGAAGGAAAGAAGAAGAAAAAACGUAAUAGGAAGCCCAAAAAAACAGCGGUCGAGAUGGAAGAGGCAGAAGUUUUGCGCGAGGCCAUAGCUGAACGGCAAGCCGAAGAUAAGGCUAUUGCGGCGGAGAAGGCCAGCAAAGCAGCGGAAACUAAACCACCGGCAGAAGGUGCCAAUCAGGACGGUGAAGAAGAAGGCGAGGAUGACGAUGCUACUGCCGCCGGUGCCACCGGAGCAGGUGCGAAGAAAAAGAAAAAGAAGAAGAACAAGAAGAAGCCUGCUGGAGACAAACUGGUGGCUCCGUCGGUUCCGAUUUCCGAACAGUUCCCGGACGGAAAGUUCCCCGAGGGUCAAAUUAUGCAGUAUCCAGAUUCGACAACGGCAAAGGAUCGAUUCACGAACGAGGAAAAGCGUGCGCUGGAUCGGAUGCAUAUGGACAUAUACAACGAGCUGAGACAGGCCGCGGAGGCGCACAGACAAACGCGACAGUACAUGCAGAAAUGGAUAAAGCCUGGCAUGACGAUGAUCGAGAUUUGCGAGGAACUUGAAAAUACGGCCCGUCGUCUGAUUGGCGAGAAAGGUCUGGAGGCGGGACUGGCUUUCCCGACCGGAUGCUCGAGGAAUCAUUGCGCGGCACACUAUACGCCCAACGCGGGCGAUCCGACGGUGCUGCUGUACGACGAUGUGACCAAGAUCGAUUUCGGAACGCACAUCAAGGGUCGUAUCAUCGACUGCGCGUUCACGCUGUCGUUCAACCCAAAGUACGAUAAGCUGCUACAGGCGGUCAAGGAGGCAACGGAGGCGGGAAUCCGCGAGGCCGGUAUCGACGUGAGGCUGUGCGACAUCGGAGCUGCCAUCCAGGAGGUAAUGGAAUCGUACGAGGUCGAACUGGACGGAAAAACGUAUCAGGUGAAGAGUAUUCGCAACCUGAACGGCCACUCGAUCAGCCCGUACCGGAUCCAUGCUGGCAAGACGGUACCGAUUGUAAAGGGCGGCGAGACGACGCGCAUGGAGGAGAACGAGUUCUACGCCAUUGAAACAUUCGGCUCGACCGGUCGUGGUCUAGUGCACGACGAUAUGGAUACCUCUCAUUACAUGAAGAACUUUGACGCCCCGAUUGUGCCUCUCCGACUGCAGUCGUCGAAACAGCUGCUCGGCACCAUCUCACGCAAUUUCGGCACGCUCGCGUUCUGCAAGCGCUGGUUGGACCGGGCCGGCGCGACCAAGUAUCAGAUGGCGCUGAAGGAUCUCUGCGACAAGGGCAUCGUGGAAGCGUAUCCGCCGCUGUGCGACGUCAAGGGUAGCUACACGGCUCAGUACGAACACACGAUCAUGCUGCGUCCGACGUGCAAGGAAGUUGUGUCCCGUGGAGACGACUACUGAGAGGAGAGCGAGCGUUCUUUGGCUUGUGCUAGCAAGGCACUGAGGCAGGCCAUCCCAGUCAAGGGAGAAAAAAAGAUACACCAUACUUCGAGUGGGAAAAUAAGCCACAGAAGGGAAGCUUUUGCUCCGACUAACUGUAAGUUCUUGUCGCGAACUAAACUAACGCGUGCCCAUUAACCCCCCCCAUACAUACGGUCUGUGUUUAUUUUGGAUCAUGCUUUGUUGGUCAAUGGACAUCACCAUCUGUUGUAAUAAAGGCAAAAGAGUCAGUUUGCUAUUUGAA